AGCAUGUGACAAGAUAGAAACUUGGUUCGAAGCCACAAAUCACCGGUUUAGCAAAUUACGAUCGUUACCGCAGCCCGAGCCAGAUCUUGAUCAGCCCCAUGUUUCUGCACCACUCCGAAAGAUGGCAUGUCCUCCAUCAAGAAAUAAUGAGGCUUCUUGUGGGCCUUCACGUUUUGUUCCCAAGGACUCAGCGGCUCCACCACUCCAACCGCAGCAGCCGAGUCCAGCACCGCCCUUGGAGCUGUUGUCCGACUCCGCACCGGGACCUUUCCAGCUCGUGCCCCCGCCGUCUGUGACGACACCAUUUGCGACCUUUACUCAGCGUCCAGCAGCUGCUAUCCCGAGCUCCAUGAAGAAAGAGUGGGAAACGAAUACACAAGAAGGAAAAGAGCCAAUGAAGAUUGAGAAUAUUAUAGUUGAGUACAAGACUGCAGGUGAGACAACAAAAUCGGACCUUAAGGUAAAAAUGGAGGUGAGGAGAAGCUUGUUUGAAGAAGAGCCGAGAUUAAAGUCUAAACAAUUGGGGAAGAAAGGAGGUGGUUCUUACGUUGGUUUGCCCAUGAUUGCUUAUGUCCAUAUGGAUUUGAAUGUCGGUGAUGUUACAAGUAUGAAUCAUCGACCAACAUCACUCGAUGCUAGGUUGAUUCCUCCGCGCAAUGCAACAUCAUGUUUGGGCAUUCUGCGAGAUUCUGCGCUGCCCGACGGAUAGGUCUUCCGCGCACAGCCAGAUCUUCGCCUCCGCCGAUCCUACGCAAGGACGCCGGAGAAAAGAUACGAACAAGGUUC